UAUGGAGGCGCCACUAUGACAACAGCGGGGCAUGUAUGCACCUGCCAAAUAGCCAUGGUGCUAGAAUAUUGCUUCAAUUACUCUUCUCGAGUCCGGGGACUGUUUAUGGUUUAGUGACAACAUCUCAGACCCACAGUGGCAGCAGGUGGCUCAGCCGUCAGCCUUGUCAGAGCAGCAAAUGAUUCAAGCUGAUAGGCACCUUUUAGUGGAGCAUUAUUCAGCCUCACCACCAUCCAUCAUCAUUUAAAGACUGCCGACGCCUGUGUUGUCACUCCGUUUCGUGCUUCGUUGCUCUUUGCUGCUACCACACACCAUGGGUCUCGACGCACUCCCUACCGAAAUUCUCUGUCUUCUCCCCCUCUACCUCGAUAACAUCGAGACCUUUACCAACGCAGCAGCGUCAUGUCGCAGACUCCGGGAUUGCCUGUCCACAGCACAGCCCAAGACGAUCCUCCAGCUAGCCGCCGCCUCGGCCCCCACAUUCUUCUCUCCGCAUCCUCAUUUCCUCGUCGCGGCCACAGCCCGCCAAGCCAGUGACUGGGCAUUAGGGAAUGACAUACGUACAUUAGCCCUCCGCGAAGCCUUCCAAGGUGGAAUCGACAGCCUCUAUGAGUUCUGCCUCCAACACGCAGGCCUCACGCUGGAAGACAUCCGGAGAACCCAUUUAGCCCGGUUCUCCACCAUUAACCCGCUCUCGGACAAGAUCGACAGGAUGGCCGGCCGGCAGUGGUACGCCACACCAAACUUCUGGGAUGGCGGGGUAAGCGAACCCUACACCAUCCAAACGGAGGCCGAUCGAGCGGCCUUCCAGAUUAUCAUAUAUGGGGAGUUGUUUGGGCGGAGUAUGGACGCCUUCUUGCAGCCGGAACAGAAUCUCCCCUAUUUCGAUGUACGAACGCGAAUCGACUACUUCACCUAUUGUCUCCCCGAUUGGGUUUGUUCGAGUUACCCCGGGUUUACCAGAUUGUCCACCGGUCCGUAUGCGCCGCACCUGGAGCGGCCGAGGGAAGGAGACCAGGUGGCCAUGCAUCAUAUCCUGCAUUGUGGUCGAUGGCGGCGCAUGUGGGCUACUGCGAUUUCGUCGGUUCUAGACGAUGACGAGGCUUUUAUUCAUGAGGAUGAAGAGAAUGAGCCCUGGAAGAAGCGGAUGUUGCGUAAUGCGGUGCAGAGUCAGGGACUAGAGGGGAUGCAACUCGUGACGCUGCCGGUGGACAAAAUAGAUAAAGCAUAUGUACAAAAGGUGAGGAGGAUGAAGCAGCAGAUCGAUCAGCUGAAUCAGCCUCCACCGGUCGAAUUGCUGGGCAAGGGAUCACUGACUCCCGUGUCGUUUGCUCCCGACCCUUCCCAUGAUGUUGAAAUUCCAUGUAGGGAUAUGUGGGGGCCGUGGGUAGCAUUCAACCAAGAUGCAGCGUCAGAUACGAGUACAGAUUCGGAAGAAUAAUCGGAUCCCGAUUGGGAGUUGACAUAGUGGCCCAAGGGGGGUUGGCAGCAGGAGGUUGUUCUACGGUUGUUGUACGGUUGUCAACGGUUGGACAUAUGAAUAAUUAUACCCGAUCACCUAAGGAAAAAGGUUGUCAAAAUUAAUAAAGC